AUGGAAUCUCUUCUCCUCAUUUAGCUCAUAAUGGGGCUACUACAUGUCGGCUUCAUUGUCAUGUAUCUGUCUGAUACUCUGGUGUCGGGAUUCACCACUGCAGCUGCUGUUCAAAUUCUGGUUUCCCAGCUCCGGAUUGUGUUGGGACUAGACAUUCCUGGUAGAAAUGGCCCAAUCGCCAUUAUAUAUACCUUAGUGGACGUUUUCUCUCAAAUCACUAACACAAACGUGGCAGAUCUGGUGACAUCUAUUGUGAUCAUGGCAGUAGUGCUUAUUGUGAAAGAGAUCAAUGAUAAAUUAAAGUCGAAACUACCUGUGCCAAUACCUAUAGAGGUCAUCGUGACUGUAAUUGCUUGCAGAGUCUCCUUUGGAUUCAAUUUCGAAGAGAGAUUUGGCGUGGUCGUUAUUGGGGAGAUGGUAAACGGAUAUGAAUCUCCUGUUGCUCCAAAUCUGGAAGUCAUUGAGCAGAGUGCAGUGGAGGCUUUCCCUAUGGCCAUAGCAGGAUUUGCUGUGGCUUUCUCAGUAGCUAAAGUCUAUUCUGUCAAACACGACUACACCAUUUACGGAAACCAGGAGCUCAUUGCGUUUGGGGUGAGCAACAUGUUUGGUGCAUCUUUCCGUUCAUUUGCUGCCAGCGCAGCCCUUUCAAGGACUGCCAUAUAGGAGAGCACAGGAGGGAAGACGCAGAUAGCUGGUAUUCUAUCUGCCAUGAUGGUACUGAUUGUCACUGUAGCAGUUGGAUUCCUGCUUGAGCCAUUACCCAGGGUGAGAAUUUCAACUCUUUAAAAACAUAAUACAAAUAGCAUAAUUUAGGCUGUUAAUAUAACUGAAGUUCUAUAUAGUCAUUGUAGUAGUGUAGGAGUUACCUGGGUGGUGACCUUUGUGGCAUCUAUUAUCCUGGGGUUGGAUCUGGGGUUGGCUGUGGGCAUUGUGGUAGAAUUGUUCACUGUGGUCUUCAGUGCUCAAUUCCCACGAUGUUCCCUCCUGGCAAACAUCACUGAGACUGACAUCUACAGGGAUCGCAAAGACUAUCUGUCAGACAUUUUAAUGUAAUUUUAGAUUUACGAACCUGAAGGAGUUAAAAUAUUCAAAAUACCCUCACCCAUCUUCUUUGGCAACAUUGACUAUCAUUAACAUAAGCUGGUGAAUGCUGUCGGUUUUACUCCCUUAAGAGUUUUGAAGAAAAGGAACAAAGCCCUGCAAAAGAUCAGAAAAAUGUUGAUUAAUGGAGAACUGGAGGUGUCUGACAGGGGCCUUCAGAUAACACAUAAACCAUCUACUGGCAAUUCAGAAGAUGAAAGCAACAUAGAGGGUCUGGACCAGCCCACAGACAACUCAAAUCUUCCCAUCCCAAUGAACUGGAAUGCCGAACUUCCUGCCAACAUCUGUGUCCCUCCUGUGAACAUCCACAGUUCGGUCCUGGACUUCUCUGCAGUCUCGUUCCUUGAUAUAUCUGCACUCAAGGGCCUUAAAAUGGCCCUGAAAGAGUUUAUAAAAAUUGAGGUGGACAUCUACAUUGUUUCCUGCGAUGUGUACAUCAUGGAGAAGCUUCUUCAAUGUACAUUUUUUGAUGACAACAUAAAUAGGUCCAUCUUUUAUCCCACACUACAUGAUGCCAUGGUGCACAUUCUGCAGAUGCAUCCAGAUUAUAGACAAGCAGAAAAGGUACAUAAGCCGUUUUAUUUUAGAUCAUCAAGAAGAUGUGUGUCAUUGUGGGCCCAAGAUGCCUUGGCAGUGGACUACUCCUUGGUGGAUGACGGCAGCACACAUUGUUACACUGCCGCCACACUUACCCAGAACAUCGACAAUUACCCGGUGGCCAACAAUGUUGUGCCCUCUUCUCCAUCAUGGAAUUGUUUAUAG